GCCUGAGAUUCCAAUAUGCGCGCCACGAUGGCAUCUCUCGAGUGGUUUGGAUUGUUCACAGAACAAAGUCUGAUUUGGACUUUUUCGGAGCACGCGCCGUGUGACAUAAUGAACUCCGCCGCGAGCGGCGCUGCGGUUUUUUCACUGGCAGACCACAGAACCGAGAGCGAGCGGCUGCGCACUCCCUCUUCUGCGCGAGCGAACGGAACCGCUACGAGAUCGGCCUCGACGUCCACUGGCAGUCGGUCCUCGCGCCUUGUUCCGGAGCACGGAAGUGGGGCCAGUAAAUGGACAGCGGGACAUUGUCCUGCCCCGGUUCGGGGUAAACGUGUGGGAAGACCACGAGACAGCGCGAGGGCAGCUGUUCACUCCGAUGGUGCUGAAACCGGCGCGUUUCGAUCGCGCGGGGCGGAUGCGGUCUGGAAAAUCCAGGAGCGGAUUAAAUAUCCAGGCACGCGGCGACCGCUGCGGUUACGCUGCCUCCACACCGACUCGCCGCGGAUCGUUUCGGUGAAGCGCGAGCUCUCCUCCGGUAGCGUGAAAGGGGAGGCGAGGCGACGGAGCACCGCGCGGAGUGAAGCCCUGUGGAGCUGCGACAGGAACAGCGUCGGGAAGCGCGUGGGCUGCGUGCCUUUCUAGGGAGAAGGCUGCUUGCGACGAGAGCGCGACCAGUAUCACACCACAAAGAGAGCGAGAAACAGCCAGAAGAUGCACGCCGAACCAGCGGCCGCGCGUGCGGCCCAGGCCACGAGCCCCGAGCCUGUGACACAGCAGGAUGAGGCCCUGCAGCAGGAGAUCGAGAGACUGCGCGAGGAAAACGGAGACCUCAAGAACGAGAUGGACGAGAUGCGCGCGGAGAUGGACGAGAUGCGCGACACGUUUUACGAGGAAGACACCUGCCAGCUGCACGAGAUGCGACGCGAUCUGGAGCGCGCGAACAAAAACUGCCGCAUUCUCCAGUACCGGCUGCGAAAGGCCGAACGUAAGCGCAUGCGCUAUGCGCAAACCGGAGAGAUUGACGAAGAGCUGCUGCGGAGUCUGGAGCAAGACCUGAAGGUCGCGAAGGACGUGUCGGUUAGGCUUCACCACGAGCUGAUGAACGUGGAAGAGAAGCGGACAAAGACGGAAGAGGAGAACGAAAGACUGAGACAGAAUCUCAUCGAGGUGGAGGUCACCAAGCAGGCUCUGCAAAACGAGCUGGAUAAAGCUAAAGAGUCUCACAGGAGAAGAGGCAGUAAGGAUGGACAGAAGAGUGAGAGGAAGAUGACUCAGACGCCCAGCGAAGAGGACCAGGAGGAUCUGAAGUGUCAGUUGUCCUUCAUUAAGGAGGAGGCUACGCUAAUGAGGAAGAAGAUGGCCAAGAUUGACAAGGAGAAGGACCGCCUUGAGCAGGAACUGCAGAAGUACCGCUCCUUCUACGGUGAUUUGGACAGCCCCCACCCCAAGGGCGAGGCCGGUGGCCCGCCCACCACACGUGAGUCUGAGCUCAAGCUCCGCCUCCGGUUGGUGGAGGAGGAGGCCAACAUCCUGGGCCGCAAGAUCGUGGAGCUGGAGGUGGAGAACCGCGGCCUGAGGGCGGAGCUCGACGACAUGAGAGGCGAGGAGCCGUCGUGCGCAGGCGUGGCCGGGGCGGCAGGGGGCGGGGCCAGAGAGCAGGGGGUGGAGCUGUCCGAGCUACGGCAGCAGCUGCAGCUGGUGGAGGACGAGGCGGAGCUCUUGCGGCGGAACCUGGCGGACGUGGAGGAGCAGAACCGGAGGGUGACGGGCGAGCUGAACAAGCUCCGCUUCAAAGAGGGCUCGCGGCACGGCGUGGGCGGGGCGGGGGGUGGGGCGGGGGGCGGGGCAGGGGGCGGGGCGGAGGCGCUGCAGGAGGAGCUGAAGGCGGCCCGCCUGCAGGUCAACGAGCUGAGCGGGAAGGUGAUGCAGCUCCAGUACGAGAACCGCGUGCUGCUGUCCAACAUGCAGCGCUACGAGCUGGCCUCGCCCCUGGGGCCGGCCUCGCACCUGGGGCCGGCCUCGCACCUGGGGCCGGCCUCCCGUGACAGCGAUGCUGAGAGUGACGCCGGGGGAGGGGCUCGCAGGGGCAGCGAUGACGACUCCUCCGCUUCGCGCCUCCCCCCCCACCGCAAGCGCGAGGGUCCCGUGGGCGGCGAGAGCGACUCGGACGAGGCGCCCGGGGCCCGUGGCCCGACCCCGACCCGCCCGCUGUACACGCCCGACGCCGGGCGCCUCCUCGCCCGCUCUGUGCGCGACCGCCAGCAGAUGAUCGACAUCCAGGCGGAGGCGGAGCGGCUGGGGCGCACCAUCGACCGCCUGGUCGCUGACACCAGCGCCAUCAUCGCCGAGGCGCGCGUGUUCGUGGCCAACGGCGACCUGCUGGGCCGCGGGGACGAGGACGAGGACGGCGGAAGGAUCCGUGAACAUGAGCUGCUCCACCGCAUCAACGCCCAGAUGAAGGCCUUCCAGAAAGAGCUGCAGAGCUUUAUAGAGCGCCUGGAACUGCCCAGACAGGAGGAGAGACGCUCCGAGGAACCGCUGUCUAUGUUCCAGCCCAUCAUCUUACUCAUCCUCAUCCUCGUUCUGUUCUCCUCUCUCUCCUACGCCACCAUCUUUAAACUUGUUUUCCUCUUCACCCUCUUCUUCGUCCUGUGAGUUCCGCCCAUUCCGCCAUUAACAUAGCCCCGCCCCCUUUGUUUUGUUUUGUUUUGUUUGUUUGUUUGUUUGUCGAUGUCGUGUGCGUUCGCCAUGGUUGCAGAUGUACAGGAAGCUCACUUUCCCAGCACAGCCAGCCGUGUCUCUCUCAAGCAAACAGGACUACAGUACCCACAAUGCACACACUCCCCAGGACUCUUCUGUAUGGCUGCCAUUGGACUACCCAGACCACGCGCUUGUGUUUUUUUUUUUUUUGCCUUUGAGGACUACGGCUACGGAACAGAACACCUUUGAGGACUACACGCGCAUGUAUUCUGUAGCCUAAAUGUAACAAAAAGUGGAUUUGGCAAUUACAUGUAUGCUUGCCACCGGGGACUACAUUACCCAGCGCACAUCUGUCCUGGAGGUCUCUACCAACAUCUACCAAGCAUAUGGGCCCUUGCACCAAC